CACCACAACCAGCACCACGACCAGCACCCCGACCAGCGCAGCGACCACCACAUCGAGCAGCGGCACAACCAACACUCCGACCAGCACUCCGACCAGCGCAACGACCAUCACAUCGAUCAGCACUCCGACCAGCACAACGACGAGCUCCACGACCAGCACCCCGACCAGCACCACGACCAGCACUCCGACAAGCAGCUCGACCAGCACUCCGAACAGCACCACGACCAGCGCAACGACCAGCACAAAGACCAGCACAACGACCAGCGCCACGACCAGCACAACGACCACACUCCGACCAGCACAGCGACCACCACAACGACCAGCACCACCACCAGCACCACGACGAACAUCACGACCAGCACCACGACCUGCACCACGACCAACGCCACGACCCGCACUCCGACCAGCACACCCAUCACCGCAACGACCAGCACUACGCCCAGCACAACUACCAGCACAGCGACCAGCACCCCGACCAGCACUCCGACCAGCCUGGCUGCGUCAUCUCGCGCACGCGCCUUCGACGUUGGCAGCGGCGCAUGCACAUCGAGGCCUUGCGCGGGCGUCUGCAAUUCGUGUCCGCGAGGCGGUUGCGGGCCGAGGAGCAAUGCCGAGCACUGA